AUGGUUGCCGCGACGAACGGCUCAGACCUCGCGCGUCAGGAGGACUCGCGGUUCUGGUGGGACGAACUCGCGCAUCCCCUCCUCUCCCUCAUGAAGAGUGCUGGAUACUCUGCCGAGGAACAGGAACAGUAUGUCGAGUUCGUCAACCAGUUCGUUGUCCCGUCCCUAGGGCCCCGUCCAAUGACCACCAAGACGGGCGUCCGGCUCCCCCCUUUCGACAGCUUCUGCUCCGACGACUUCUCGCCCGCCGAGCUCAGUUGGAACGUUGGGCCCGCACGCUCCAAGAUCCGCGUAGGCUCCGAGCCCAUCGGGCCCUUCGCCGGAACCUCAAAGGACCCCUUCAACCAGGAUGAGUCCCAAGUGGUCAUGUCCCGCCUGCUGCGCCAGGGCCGCGGCCCGGUCGACGGGGAGCUCUGGGAGUUCUUCAAGAAGCACCUCCACGUCGAGGCCAAGAACGCCCACGAGAUCGUGGCCAAGAUGGCGGCCAACGAGCACAUGACAACCAACACCAUCUCGUUCGACCUGGAGGGCGAGCUGCCGGCGCCCAAGGUGUACUUCUACCCCAUCCCCAUCUCCCUGCUGCAGAACAACCACGCCGGCGAGAUCAUCACCGACGUCAUCGCGCAGCUGCCGGUGAACCUGGAACCCUCCUUCAACCCCGUCCGCGACUUCGUCUACCGCUACAAGAGGCAGCGUGACAACGAGUACAUCCUGCGGCUGGAGCUGAUCGCCUUCGACGCCAUCCGCCCCGCCGAUUCCCGCUUCAAGCUGUACCUCCGCACUAAGGAGACCUGCAUGGCGCGGGUGGAAGAGGUGUACUCCCUCGGGGGCGCGCUCAAGGGCCCCGAGAUCGACAACGGCCUGGAUCUGAUCCGGUCCUUCUACAUGCACGUCCUGGGGACCACCGCCUCGGAGGAGGAUCUGCCCCGCAGCACGCACCGUACGGCGGGCAUCAUCUUCAACAUGGAGUUGAAGCACAACAGCCCCGAGCCGUUGCCAAAGGUGUACAUCCCCGUCCGUCACUACGGCGGGACGGACCUGCGGAUCGCCCAGUCGCUCAGUAACUUCUUCCGCGCCUGUGGACUGACUCAUAUGGCCGACACGUAUGUUGAUGCAGUCCAAAAAGCUUUCCCGACUCAAGACUUUUCCACCACAAUCGGAAGACACUCUUACGUCGGUCUGUCGUACAACAAGAAUGGACCCUACAUCACAAUGUACUACAACACAAUGACUUAUUCGGCGGGAGAUGAGAGGAAUGCGGAUGGGAAGCUUGUCGGACCUGCGGCUAUGAAACAGCGUCAUUUGCUAGACUGA